GGGCGUGUCUAGGUUUUACUGGUCACCCGAGGGGUUUUGAAGGUUCCUUUGAGGGGGCGGCUAUAAAAUCAGGGAGGGGCUGUUUUUGCAUUCAAGUGAUAUUUUGUGUUUUGGGAAAGUUGGGGUUCCCUUGAGCUUAAAGGGCGCCUUAGGGUUUGGGUUCUUUUGUAACGCGCGAGCUUUGGCUGUUUUGGUAGUCUCCUUUUCAGUUUCGGGGUUUGGUAGGUAGGAUUUGGGAGGCUCCUGGGGAGAUUUAGAAUCGAGGAGCAGGGAGUGGUGACGCACGCACUCUUGUAAUCCCAGCGCACUGGGAGGCUGAGGCAGGAGGUAGAAAGUUCGAGCCCACACUGGGCAGCCUGGUGAUUUAGGGUGGUCCUUUCUCAACAACAGUAAAUUUAAAUUUUAAAAAGGGCUGGGGACGUAGCUCAGAGGGAAGACCACCAGUGCUGGGGGUGGGGGUAGGGGACAGCAGGCGGUCAAGGAACCUAAGAGUACCAGCUCUGGAGCCAGAAUGCCUGGGCUCAUCUGUCUUGACUUUGCUACGUGUCUGAUCCCGGGAGAGACUUACCUCUGUGCCUCACCUGGAAGCAGGAACUUCUCUUAACACUACCUGCUUCCUAGGGACAGCAGUUGUUCAAAGAGUGCCCAGAACUCAUGCAAUAAGCAUGUGUUUGCUGUUGUAACAUUUGUGAGGUUUCUUUGGGGUCCCUUUUGGCUUUGAGAACUAUUUCUUUGGUUUUGGAAUUCGUCAUAAGUUUUAGGGAGCUUUUGUGUAUUAUUUAGGAGUGGGAGGCUUUUUGUGUAAUUAAGGACUAUGUGGGGGUGUUAGGAGACUAAUGUUUGUGAACUUGGAGAUUGCUGCAUUGGGAUCUGUGAGAGGUUCUCUGAAAUUGGGUCCUUUCGUGCUGGGGGAUAUUGUGGGUGAUUAAGGAGGAUUUCAAGUGAUCUGGAUGUUUGGGGGAGAGCUUAAGAUUCUGGACAUGGGGCACGUUGGGGAGAUAAGGAGUCAGUAUUGGGGCUCUUUGUUAGUGAUGUCUGUGGAGACUGUCUCAACUUUGAAUGGUGUCAGAUUAUCUAGAACUGCCCACAUUUAGAGGAACAGUCUAUAUAUACUGCAAGAGUUGGCAAACUUUUUCCAUCAAGGGCCAAAUAAUGACUAUUUCAGUCUUCUCAGGCCAUGUACAGUCUGGUACAGUUCUGCCAUCCUAGCAUGAAAGCAGCCAUAAACGUGUUUUGUAAGACUUUCAUGUGGACAUUGAGUUGGGUUUGGCCCUUGAUCCAUUGUUCGCCGACUGGUCUGGUUUAGAGGCUUGUGGAAGGCACGAGGUUUGCAAGGUUUCCUUUUUUGAGCUCUCUAGAAGGAAAUGGGUGAGGGAAAGAUUGAGACUGAGGCCUCUGCUACUUAUGGUAAAUGGAAAAUAGUUAUAUCAGAUACAUUACCAAAAUGGUCUCCAGAUUAGGUCCUGCACAUAAAAAAAUGAAGUAGCCACUUUCAAGAUAGUCCUGAACUAAAGAGUCCAGAAACCAAGUUUGAGAAGCUGGCUUUGCUCCAGAUCCACAGUGCCAUUAGCUGUGUAACCCUUCCUCAUUCUAAACCUCAGUUUACUUUAGUUUGAGGAGGGAGCUAGACUGGAACAGCCUUCUUAUCCCACGACUCUGUGGCUGUGCUUCAGUGACCAGAGAGCCUUUGCAAGAAUGUGGUUUUUUGAGGUGACAUGUGGAGCUCCCCCACCGUUCUGGUCCUGAGAUCCUGCAACUCCUUGCCUGUUUGCUAUCACGCCCAGAAUGGACCGUGGCAGUCUCCUGCCCUUUCAGCUUUGGUGCCCCCGGCCCUUUGGCACCUACUCCCAGAACCAGACGCGCCCGCCUUCUGCUGUGCUCAAGCCGCCAGCCUGCCCUGAGCCUGGCAGCGGGGCGGAGCCAGACCAUGGGCCCUCCCACUCGGAGAAUACCCCACCCGCGUUGCCCGCCGAUGCCCCCAGCUCCCAGUCCGCUCCUCUUCUCUCAGCCUCUGCUGCAGGUGAUGAGGGCCGGGUCCUGCUAGACACAUGGUAUGUUAUCAAGCCAGGAAACACGAAGGAGAAAGUGGCCUUCUUUGUGGCACACCAGUGCAGCGGAGGUAGCCGGGCCAGCUCCAUGAAGGUCAAGGGGCACUGGGGCAGUGACAGCUCCAAGGCUAAGCGGAGAAGGCGCUGUCUGGAGCCCAGCAGGGCUCCUCCAGACCCAGGGGGCCGGGAGGGUCCACCGGCUGCUGAGGGGGGCCCCACCUCUUCUGGGGAGGACCUUGAUCUCCUCUCUGUGGCCGAGAUGGUGGCCCUGGUCGAACAGAGGGCUGCCCUGGCCCUGCAGAGCUAUCCGCGCCCCACCACGCCAGCACCUGUGGUCUUUGUGUCAGCUGAGCAGGGCGGACCUGCCAAGGGGCUGGCGUCCGAGCGGCGUUCCGGUGGUGGUGGUGACUGCAGCCGUGUGGCUGAGGCCGUGGCCCACUUCGAGGCCCAGCGGGACAAUCCUCCAACCAAGGGCCUCCGCAAGGAGGAGCGGCCUGGGCCAGGCCCGGGUGAGGUGCGCAUCGCCUUCCGCAUCUCCAAUGGCCGGGAGCCCCGGGCACCAGAUGGCAGCUUACCCAAUGGGAGCGGGGGCCGGCCCGGCUGUGCCUACCCUGGCAGUCCGGGGCCUGGGGCCCGAGCCAAAGACAAGAUCACCUGUGACCUGUACCAGCUCAUCAGCCCCUCCCGGGAUGCCCUUCCCAGCAACGUGGAGUUCCUGCUGGCCAGGGCGGAUGAAGCCAGCGAGGGUGAGAGCCCAGCCCCGGCCAGGCCUGAGGACACUCCCCCGGCCCCCCCUCCACCCCCCGCCCGGGACUGCGGAGCCUCAGGCUUCCACGUGGACGUGGUGGUGACUGGCGUGGUGGACGAGUGCGUCUUCUUCGGCAAGGACGGCACCAAGAAUGUGAAGGAGGAGACAGUGUGCCUGACAGUCAGCCCUGAGGAGCCGCCUCCACCCGGCCAGCUCUUCUUCCUCCAGUCUCGGGGGCCAGAUGGGCCCCCUGAGCCUCCCCCAGCGGACGUGCCAACCGCGGUGCCAGGCCCGGACGAUGCUGAGGGGACAGCGGACACCUCCCUGUGCCGCCUGUAUCGGCACGUGUCGCACGACUUCUUAGAAAUCCGCUUUAAGAUCCAGCGGCUGCUGGAGCCACGACAGUAUAUGCUGCUGCUGCCCGAGCACGUGCUGGUCAAGAUCUUCAGCUUCCUGCCCACGAGGGCCCUGGCUGCCCUCAAGUGCACCUGCCACCACUUCAAGGGCAUCAUCGAGGCAUUCGGUGUGCGUGCCACAGACUCACGCUGGAGCCGAGACCCGCUCUACCGCGAUGACCCUUGCAAGCAGUGCCGCAAGAGAUACGAGAAGGGUGACGUGUCCCUGUGCCGCUGGCACCCCAAGCCCUACCACCAUGACCUGCCUUACGGACGUUCCUACUGGAUGUGCUGCCGCCGAGCCGAUCGAGAGACGCCGGGUUGCCGCCUGGGCCUGCACGAUAACAACUGGGUGCUGCCCUGCAAUGGGCUGGGUGGGGGCAGAGCGGGCCGGGAGGAGGGGAGGUGAAGCCGGGGAGGGGAGGGGAAGCCCACCGUGCCCACCCCCUCCCCCUCCUGGGAGCCAGGGUCCAGCCCCCGGUCCAGGCAGCAUUGAUCCCCCACCAGAAGAACUGAGACCAGCGUCCCGGGGGACCCAAGAGGACACUCUGGUUGACUCCUGUUGGUUUUGUACUUUUUAGACCCAGGGCCCGGGACCCUCAAGUAGGGUGUUUUUUUUAUCAGCAUCUCAAUUUCUUCUCCAUUCAGCCCCAGGACCCUCCCUGCCACUCUCUACGCCCCAGGGACCCACCAGCAGGGAGCAGACGGCAGCUAAUUUUGGUACAACCCAAGGCUUCCCCCAUGCUGGCUUCCUUUCUUUGCUCCCUCCAGCCCUCCAGCUCUUUGCCUCUGGAGCCCCUUUCUUGGGAGAGGCUGCAGCACCCCAGGUUGGUACCUCCAAACCUCCUGUCCCAGGGCUCACUUCUUUUGGAAUUAGGGUUCAUUAGAUCGCAGAUCCAACUUGGCACUUUUUUCUGCCAGCCUAUCAUUUUUAGAUGUUAUCCCCUUUAGAGAAAGAAAAGUUACUGUUCUGUUAGCCACAAUCUGCCGAUAUCUCCCCUUCCUCUACAGGGAAGAAAAAAAAAAAAUCCCUGGAGUGCAGGACACCUCCCCAACCCCAUUAUUUAAGCUUUGCCAACACUCCUCCCCCAGUAAAGCUGUGAAGCCCUUUGCCUCGCUCUUGACAGCGUGGAGGGCAGGGACUGUGGGUUUGAAUUUCUAGGUGGUUUUUCCUUCCAUUCUGGGUACUUGCUGAGGCAUUGGGGUCUCAUCACCCCAAACAGGUUACUUUAGAACCUUUUGGUCAAUUGGGACCUUGAUUUUCAGGCGAUUUGGUCUGGGGUAUUUUUGUUUGUUCUGUUUGGGGUGUUUGUUUUGUUUUUCCAUCAUUGUGGUUCUGGAAGAUUCUAGCAUGUGGCGUCUGGCCAAUUUUUGAAUUGGUUCUUUCUAUAAAAUCAAUAUUUAUAAGGCUGGGCCCAGUCUGGUCUGUGUGUUGGUGAGGGCGGUUGGGGUGAAAAGGGAACUGUGGGCCUGUGUGCACGAUGGGAUGGAAAAAGUAGAGAAGGGAUCUGUAACCACAUUCCUCAGCCUGAGAUUAUUUUUGACUCUUCUCAUCUGUGCUGGCUUGGAUUUUAAAAUCUCAAAAUAGUAGUCACCUGAAUAAGAUCAUUUUUAUUUCUUUAGAAAUCCAGUGUUAAGCAAGUAU